AUGGUUCGAUAUUCACUAAAAAAGGCACAUGAGUAUGCUCGAGAUGGGGAAAUUCAAGAAGUCUCUGGAGAUGUAGCGCAAGCUAUUCUAUAUUAUGGUUUAGCCAAAUCAGAAUAUCAAGGGAUCUAUGAUAUGUCUAUGCGAUAUUUGACGAAAAAAUGCGCUAGCUAUCAGAUUGAAGAAUUGACAAAGCAAAUUGAGGAGCUAAAGAUAAUUGCGCCUAUAAAGAACUCCUCGCCAUCAUCAGCAAUGACAUCCAUGUCUCUUUCUACAAGGCUAUUACCUAUGUAUACACCUGCGUUGACGGCUCGCUUUACAUCAAAUUCUGUAGUCUUACCCACAGAAACCAGUCCAGUUCAAUCGAGACAGUUAGUACAGGAAAAAUCUCAUGUUGAUAAAGAAGACGAUCCAUUUAUCGUAUAUCCUAAGUUUCAGUCGCAAGUGAACAAACUAGCUCCUAGCUAUGGGUUGGCGGUGGCGUUUUCUAUAGUCCCGAUGGAUGAUGAACAGUCUUCUCCUAGCAUGUUCAGUUCUGAUGAGAGUUUUCUGAUUAUUGAUGGGGAUGAUUAUACCAUUGAAAAACCGGAGCAGCAAGAGCCGUUGCCUACAGAAGAAUUUGACGGUGAAAGCAAAGAAUCAUCGCAGUCCAUUGUAAUGCGCCCAAACAUUACCCCUACAAACUUUAAUGAGUUGAAGGGUGAUAAAAUCAAAAAUGGAAUUGAUUAUGGUAGCACUACUGAAUCUGAAGUUCGAACAAAUUUUCCAAAUGAAACAAAAAGUGAACUAUCCCGACAAAAAACGGAAAGCGAAAUGGAUCUCCGUGGUCGAAAGUCCAAAGGGAAGGAUCGAUAUGACGAGGAAAGCGUCACUAGUAGUACUACUAGUAGUAUUGGAGAAAUAUUAGACUCACAAGAGGAUAUAAACCAGAUUUCGAAAGAAAAAUCACGGGAAACUUUUCCUGACACACCGAGAGAAGCAGAAACUUCGGCAACCCCAAGCGCUGAAAGUAAAGGAAAGCAAGAACGACCAAAGCGUCCAGAACGAAGGAGAAGCCGAUUUCUCAUACCUUUCUUUCGGACUUUUUCUGGAAGGAAGAAGAAGACUGAAGAAGAAAAAUCGCCUGAUUCUUCUGUAGAAUCAUCGACUGCACAGCUUACAAUGAAUUCACAGGUGAAGAUUGAACAUCUAGAAACACAGAUUGCUACUUUACAACGACAGCUGGAACAUUUUCAAAUGCAAAAUCCUUAA